AUGGCCAUCAACAAGUUCAUUGACAGUCUCAACGACAGACUCGCCAACGGAAUCAUCGGUCAACUUCUCAGGAGGUCCAUUAACGGACACGUUCGCGGAUUCAGUGACAAUGGCCGAAUCAAUUACGGGGUCACCGGCGAGUUUCACGAUCAAUUUUGUCCACGCUGUGCUAAACUAGAUCUUGGCCCUGAGAAGUUUAUCAUUAGAAACCAUGCCACAACGAUGCGAAGUCGCCGAAGACACUCCGAUUUCGAUAUAAUGGACGUAACCCUAAACUCCAGCUUUACUCUUCGAACGGGCGAGAGUCCUCGUGAGUUUGCAGAGCUUGACGAACUCCGCGCGAAUAGCACCCGCUGCCAGUUCUGCCAAUUCAUUUCCAGUGCAAUUAAGAGGUAUAGUCAUCAGGAUAUUCCGGGCAAUACGAAGUGCUAUCUCACUUGGCAAGUCGAUGGUCGUGGAGAGGAUGCAGAGAAGCGGGUCAUUAAUAGGACGAGGCGACUCAGACUGUCAUGGGGUAGUGAUGCGCACAAUGGACAAGUUUAUCUAGUUCUUGCUGCUUCAAAUCAUACUUCAGGAACAGACUCAGAUCCCUUGUUUCCCCUUGCCAAGAAUACUCAUUCAUUAGGUCGAGAAUUCCAUGACAAAACCGAGAAGCAGGCACUUAUCAAGAGUUGGCUUGAUCUUUGUCAUAAAGAACAUGAAUCUACGUGCACUGAGACGCAUGGCACGACAGAAGAACACCUAAAGCUUGUCAAAGAGACUUACUUCGGAGUUAUCGACGUGGUUGAUAUGCAGCUUAAGGCCUUGCCAAUUGAAAAUGACAUUCCCGCACGAUAUGUCGCUCUGAGUUAUGUUUGGGGAAAUGACCGAAAGAAACCUCGAUAUAUGUCAACACAAAAGACGGCUAUGACACAUAUAAAACAUGGCGGUAUAAGCUACGCAUGGGCGAAGUUACCAAAGACGAUUCAAGAUGCCAUUCUACUUGUCAGUAGACUUGGAGAACGAUACCUGUGGAUAGAUUCGCUUUGCAUUGUGCAAGACAGCCCGAUUUCGUGGAAUAAUAACGCCAGCGCAAUGCACCUUAUAUACGGCCAUGCCUACUUCACCAUAUGUGCUGCUGAUGGCGACUCCGAGAGUGGGUUGUGUGCUGCAGCGCCUCUGUUGCGGGUUAUGCAUCCAAUUGAUGAAAGUCGAGAGAGUAAUAAUGAGGGUCCGAGCAUUAUCGAGUACGCCCCUGGGACCCGCAUUCUCAUUACGCGACCUCUCGAGGUGGUCAUCUGUGACUCGAUGUGGAGCAAACGAGCCUGGACAUUUCAAGAACAAAUUCUCUCCCGACGAUGUCUCAUAUUUGCAGAAGGCCGAAUAUACUUCCAAUGUCGCUUCGCUGGUAUCUCAGAGGAGAUCUGGACUGAUAAUAAGGGAAACGGGUGGUCGCUGAAUCGAACGAACUCCCCUUUACAGUCGCCGGAAGAGUUGAAAAGUCGGCCUAUCUGGUUCUACAUGAGAUACGUUAGGUUAUAUACGAAUCGCAAUCUGACCAAACCGAGCGAUAUUCUUUCUGCAUUUGAAGGGAUCUCCUGGCUCUUGAAGGGACACAUGAACCAUGAGCAAUUUCUGUUUGGUUUGCCAACGUCGCAUUUCGAUCUUGCAUUGCUCUGGGCUCCAACGAAAUCGCUUAUCCGUCGCAGGAAACCGCGAGCGGUACAUUCGACCAACAACAAGAACUGCACACUUGACACAGCAGGUGAAUGCACAUGUGAGCCUGAGGACGACUUUCUUAAUGGUGCUCAGUUCCCUAGUUGGGCGUGGUGCGGAUGGAUGGGUGAAAACGGGACGGGUGGUCAAGUAACUUACCACGAGAAUGUGCUUGAUGGAUGUCUUUUGAAUAUUCGCCAAUGGCUGGAACAUCAUACUUGGAUUGAAUGGCAUAUUCGAGAUGGAAAAGGACACCUCAGGCCUCUAAGGAAUAAGAUCAAUCGGACUCGAGCCAGAGAAAUUUACGAUGAGGACCGAUGGAAUGGCUACUCUGGGAGCAAAGACUGGAAACCGGUGCUUGAAGAAGCAAUGGAAUUUUCGAUCCCAAGAGGCUCCGAAUUCAGCGCUAACCGUCCAGAAAACCCGUCAAGGAGGAGCAUAUAUCGAUCGCCCUCUCCUGUCCCCGCCAACGCGCCUUCGAGCCGUCGCACUGCGUCGCCUACGCGAUCAAUUGUGGCUUCUGCAAGGUCCAAUGGGGAGAUUAGAUAUCGCGUAGGCAACGGAGGCUACCUUCGUCGCGGGUCAACUAUGGAACCGAAACGAAAAAUGGAAUAUGAAGAUACCCGCGCUAUUGUCAAACAUGAAUUCCCGCAAGAGAGGAAAUUUAGCGCCAUUAUUCCGGACCACCCAUUCGGUAUCAUCAAAGAACCUCGACCAACCUCCGAUCGAGCAGAAGAUGAGCGAAAAGACGUCCGUCCACUCCAGCACAUGCCAAUAUUGCAAUUCUACACCUUUCUCACGGAGUUGUAUGUUACGGUUCGCUUUCCCUUGAACACGAAAGAUAUAAACCCCCAAGAGCAGUUACUGAGGUGCGACAUCGCCGACGACGCCGGAGACUGGUGUGGCUCUAUCGAGGUACCGGCCGAGUGGAUAUCCGAACGCGAGGACCAGCGAUUCCACUUCAUUGCAAUCUCUCAUGCGAAAGCCUUCACCACGGAUGAAUGUCCGAUAUGGACUUACUACAUCCCGAAGGAGAGGGAGGAAUCGCAAUGGGACCUGUAUUACAUCCUGCUCCUGGAGAGAGAUAACGAGCGGUGUCUGUGGGAGCGGGUUGCGCUAGGCAAGGUCUUUCGGACGGCCUUCGAAAAAGCAAGUUGGUCUGAGAUAAAACUUGGAUGAGCCUAGGCGUUACGUAUACCUCAAACCAACUUUAGACAAGGGCACGUAUGCUAUGGUUUUAGAGUUGUCGAUAGGACUGGAUGUUCUAGCGAGGUGUUAGAUAUGUAUAUCAUGAUUGUAUAUAGGCUCAACUUACCUAGUAUUAUAGAUAAAUAGUUCGUGUAACGUUGACUAGAGAGGCGUUGAAGAGGGGGGGUUGGAAAAAAGACUACCUGCAUAUUCAUGCCGAGAAAGCAAACGAGAAAAAGAAAGCAAGGGAAGCGACCGAAUUAGAAACAGUAUCAGGUACCUACGCAGAAUCGACCUC